AUGUGGCAAAUGUUUGGUGGCAUUGUAGCCACUGGAGAGAACGCAUGGGCACCUUCGUCUGGUGUUCUUCCAAGUGGGGUUCCUCUUGGAGAUGAUGCACCUAAUGAGGGAUUCGGUGAUUCAGAUGAACAUAGUAACGAGAAUGAAAGUAUUCCUCCUGAUGAGGUACCAUCAAACCCUUCUCAUGAAAUUCAUAAUCGAAGAAAGCAAACACUUGGGGCUGUAUACGGUAAAGGAAAAACAUCAAGUUCAAGUAGAAAAUCAUCAAGAAAUACAUUAACUACUCAGAUAGAGAAAUUGUGUGAGAGUAUGGCUAGUCGAAGGAAGUCAGUGAAUGAAAUUAUUUUUCCACACUCUCAAUAUACUAUUUCAAAUGCAAUGGAUGCUUUGCGUGCUUUGGGAGAUGAAAUUCCAAAAAAGAUGAACUGUAUUAUUUUGCCACCAAAAUGUUCCAAAUAUCAGUGA